CGCGAUGCCUCCCAAGAAGACCGAGACCAAGACUGAGGGUGCUCCUCCGAUGAAGUCUGCGGCCCCUCAUCCUUCGUAUCAGGAUAUGAUCACGGAUGCUAUCAUCGCGGUAUUACACCCCGCUCCUUUUCUUGCGGCGCAUCUGGGAUUGAGCGUGCGGUCGGCAACUCACACGAGGCGCGCGCAAUCGUGAUGCUGUUGCCACGCAUCCCAUUGCUUUUUUUUUUCCACCCUGUCAUCCAUCAGUCUGAGUUUCACUGACAAGUCUCCCCAAAUGUAGCUCAAGGACCGUAACGGUUCGAGCCGACAACGUCUCAAGGGGUAUGUGAGAGCAAACAACAACAUCAAGGUUAGCGACAACAUGUUCGACUCCCUCUUCAAUAAGGC